AUGGGUUGCUGCUGCCUUUCCCACGAGAGUGCGGAGAUUGAGGAGCCACUUCGCAUCAGAGCAAAUCCUGGUCCUCCGCCACGGCGAAGAUGCACCGACUUCCCUUGUUGCAUCUUGUUUGCCGCCGUUCUUGUCGGAAAUGGGAUUCUUUUGGUUCUCUUCGGCCAAGUCGGAGACCUAAGGCGCAUCGACCAUGGACGUGACCACGACGGGAACCUCUGCGGGCUUGGCACGGAAGCUGCGAGGGCCUACGCCUUCUACCCGGACCUGGAGACGGACUUCGCGAAGGACCCGUCUCUACAGCAACGCUACGGGAUUUGCCUUCCCGGAUGCCCAGCAGUGGGGAGCACCGUCGAGGACUAUGGCAACAUGCGCCAGGCCGAGUGGGUGGUUCUGCAGCCCUCCUUUGCAGUUUUCGGACGCUGCGUGCCUUACCAGCGGCCAGCUGAUCAAAGCAGCACCAAGUUGUGCGCUUCGCCGGCAUGUGAGCCCAUCGCAGGGGCGCCGACCAAACCACAGCAGGUAUGCGGUCUGAAGAGAGACGGGACGGACAAAUAUUGGCUUCUCGAACAUCCUGACACGUCUAUAGAAGACGGUUGGCGUGCCGAAGGAGCUGACAGCGCAGUGAUCAGUGCGAGAGCGACAAUGGCUGGGACUUCCAAGGGGUUGGACUGCCGACAGCAGCUUCGGCGCGAAGCUGAUGUGUCGAUAAGGCCGUUGGACGACAGCAUGGCAUACAACCUCCUCACCUCCGUUACUAGCCCGGUAUACUCUGUCGGGAACUCCAUCAGUAGCAACUAUGCUCUGAUACUUGGGCUGGGAGUUGUAGGUUCAGCUGUGAUGUCUGUGAUCAUUAUGCUCCUGUUUCCGAUAUGCGCUCCUCCUGUGCUGCUGUCUCUGCUGGUAGUUGUGUUUGUAGCACUCAUCCUGACGGAUUACGUUCUUUUCGUCCAGGGAGGCAUCGCGAGCGGCAGGACUGGAGCGCAACUGCAGCAGUUUUUGUCCAGCCUGUCCAUUACAGUACCAUCCGGUGCAGAAAGCCUGCUCACUCAAGCCAGCAGCAACCAGGCCACAAUGCAGUGGUUCGCAGUCAGCGGGUGCUUGCUGGCCGUGGCCAUCAUGCUCUUGGCCUGCACGGUGCUAUCCUUGGCGAAGCAGUUUCGAGUCGUGCUUGCCUUGCUCAGUGAGGCAGCAUGA